AUUAACUUUAUUAAAUUACAUAAUAAAAAUAUAAAGCACAAAAAUUAUGUUACAAAAAUUUUUUUUUCUAAAAAUAUAAAUUUUUAAUGUGUUUUUUUUUUUCGGAAAGAUCCAAGAAGGUGCAAGUAGUGAGGAUUAAAUUAAAUCAGAUCAACAAAGACGUCUGAAGGAUAUGAUUAUUCGUCUUUGUCUAUUCACAUAGGUCCUAAUUUAGCACAGAAAAGAACCACAAAAUUGUGAAAAUUAUUUACAAAAUUCAUAUAUGUUCAUAAUAUCGGUUGUGUAGUUCUUCAAUGUUCGCAUUUUACAUUACCUACGGGAUUCAUAGAUAUUUGAUUACGUAGUUCAAUGUGCGCAUAGAGGCGCUGAUGGAUGAAAACACCUAAAACGACGCGAUGACAGCUCUCAGGUUUCUGGUUGCUUAUACGAACCUAACCUCACAGUGGCGUGCAGCAGCCGAGCAGCGUGCAGUCACGUGGUAGUGUUCAUUCUCGCAUGUAAGAUCGAAAUUCCGGCUAAACCAGACUAAACAUAAAUUAGCUCUGUUAAAAAAAAAAAAAAUCGAAAGAAAACGGCAAACGGAGUAUUUUUCCAUAUACGUUUAUAAUUAUAUUAUAAUAUGGAUCUACAUACAAAUAAAAUAGACGAAAACAUAGAAAUUAAACUCUUGCUUAAUUUUUCCAUAAAUAAAGAUUUGCCACAUAAUGUGCAUAGCAUAUUAAAUGGCCAGUACAAAGAUGUAAUAAAUAAUGAACUGUCUACAUUUAUUGAAGCAAUAAGGAAUGGCGAUAACUUGGAAGAGAUUAUACAUAACAGUUUAUCCAAAACCCACGAGCAUUUGUCGUGGCUGUGUGCAGGAGUGGUUUCGUUAUUGUACUUUGUCCAAUGCAAUUGGACAGGUCCUUGCAUAGAUGAUGAUAUCGAUUGGUUAAAAACCAGGAGAGACGAGGCACUCAAGCAAUUAUCCUUGCAUGAUGGAUGUAACAUAAAUGUACGAAAACCAGAACUUCUUUAUCUAUCCAAAAAAAUCUUUUCAAAUGCAGAUUUACAGCUUAAAUGUAGAAGUUGCAUUUGGUGGCUGUUUAGAGCUAGUCUGCUGCAUCAGCAUGUGUUAGACGAAGACUCAGGAGUGCUAUUUGAAGAAAUUGAGAAUCUAACAAUGGAAAUUAACAAACUGAGUAUAUUAGAAGAUUCUCUCUGCAAGCUCUUGUUCAAUUUGGAAGCUGCUAGAUUUUAUUUGUAUUAUAGAAGAACUCAAAAUUCUGAAAAGCAUCUUGAAUAUGCAGAAAGUAUAGCAGGUUUAAAAUUAAGUUUAGAAGGUGCAAUGGGAAAACGUACCAAGUAUCAACAAGAAGAAAAGGCACAGUUGUACCUCAAAGUAGAGACGAGCAAGGAUAUUUUUCCUUCAAUAGAUUGUGAAGAUACACCAAAAUCUUUAAACUUAAACGAUGAAUUGAGAUUAGAACGCAUUGAGUUUUCAGAGCACAAAGAAGAGACUAAAUUAGGUAUGGUGGAGGAAGCAAUAAUUUUGACAAAAUAUAUUCAGUUGCAGGUGUGUCAACCUAGGCACAAACUCACUGAUGAGGAAAUCAGACCCUACCUGACUAAAGUUGUAGAGAAUACAAAAAACUGGUCGUUAAAGAUGACUUCUUUAUGCUAUCGUUGCUUGCUGGAAUCUGACGAUAAGAGAACAGUCGAACGAUCUAUGAUGCAGGCGGAGUCUCUUUUAAAAGAUUACAAUGAUGCGAAAGUAUCUGUAGCCAGAAGGAUGGAUUUAUUUUUCGCGAGUGGUAUGAGACCCAUUUGGACAUUAGAGGAGAAAUGGGCCAAUAUAAUGGUCAGUCUUGGCUUGGUAAAGGGAGCUUUGGAAGUUUUUAUAAAACUAGAAUUAUGGGAAGAUGCGAUUGCUUGUUACAACAUAUUAAAUUUGAAACACAAGGCAGCUGAAAUUAUUAAGCAAGAAAUAUCUAAAAAGCCGACAGUGAAAUUAUGGUGUCUAUUAGGCGAUGCAACUGGAGAUGUGAAUCAUUAUGAAACAGCAUGGAAAUUAUCUGAGGAAAAGAGCAGCAGAGUACAGAAACAUUGGGGAUUUUAUUACUUCGCGAAGAAAGAUUAUGCCCAGGCUGUACCACAUUUAAAGCUAUCGGUCGAAUUGAAUAAUAUUCAAGAACUUGUGUGGUUUAGACUGGGUUAUGCAGCAUUGCAGGUAGAAGAUUGGAAAUUAGCUGCAAUGGCGUACAGACAUUACUGCGCUUUGGAACAAUAUAAUUUUGAAGCAUGGAACAAUUUAGCAAAAGCGUACAUAAGAUUGGGAGAUAAACCAAGAGCUUGGAAAUCUUUACAAGAUGCCAUAAAAUGCAACUAUGAUCGUUGGGAAGUUUGGGACAAUUUGAUGGUCGUAAGCAUCGAUUUGGGACAUUUUUCAGAAGUUAUUCGAUGCUAUCAUCGUAUUUUGGACUUGAAAAAUAGCCAUUCAGAUGUACAAGUUCUCCAAAUAUUAACAAAUGCCAUAAUAAAUAAUAUUAAUGACGCAGACGGAAAUCCAACUUUUCGUUUGCUUCAAAAUACAUUGGAAUUAUUUGGAAGAAUCACUUCUAAUGUAGUUAAUAAUCCAGACAUUUGGAGAAUGUACGCUGAACUUGUCAUAUUGAGAAAAACGGACGUUGACGAAGAAAAAGCGGCACAGUAUCUGCAACAAGCGUAUCGUUUUAUUACUUCAAAUCCAAAAUGGUGUCGCAGCGAGGAUACAGCUCUGAAAGUAUUGGAAUUAUGUUGCAAUUUAGCGCAAGCGUAUUUACGUUGCACUACCGAUAUAACGGUCGUCAAGAAAAGGAAGAUGCUAGGAAGUGCUAAAUUAUCGCUUCAAGGAGUCGUGAAAAAAAUCAAGGAACAGGAAUGGAAUAAUACGAGCAUCAUCGACCAAUUAGCGAAAGUUGAAGAGUACUUAACGAUUAUAAGAAAUGAAUUAGAGCAAAUAAAACCUGCAUAAUAAGGAUAUAUAUAUAUAUAUAUAUAUAUAUAUAUAUAUAUA